AGAAGAAAUAAGGUAACCUUGCUAUUCCUCUCCCAAAUUUAGAGGAGGUUACACAUAUUUUAUCAUGAUGUUUGUCAAGUUCCAUUUAAUCUAAUAGAAUUCAUAAGGACGGCAAAAUAUCGUACGAACAAAAAUCGAUGUGUGUGUGCGGAGUGAUGAGGCGCAGAGCCUUAACCGUAUUCAUUCCAAUAAUUUAUACAUUAUACAAAAAAAUCUCAAAUUAAUUUCUGUAUCUCACAUUUUUGUUUCAUGAAGGCAUUCAUCCCUGACAAAUCGAAAGAAGAAAAAGCUGCCGAUGAACUGUUUGCGAAUUAUCCAGAGCUGGAAGCUCACUACAAAAAGUUGGUGAAUGAUCUAGAGCUGACGAUCACUGCCAACCGGUUCAUAGAGGAUGUGAACAAGCUGUGGAGCGGGGUGUCGAGUCGGCAUGGGGUGCUGCAGCAGUUUGUGGCAUUGGUGAAGGAGCAGAGGAGCACCAUAUCCACCCUCAACUCGGAGGUGGGAGACUGUCUGCGGUCGACCAAGGACAAGCAGGAUAAUGUCGAGAAACUCAAAAUGGAGAUAGAAAAAGCUUGGCGAACGGCCGACGCCACCCAUGUGGAAGCUCUGGAGAAUAUUGAGAAUCUCAGGCAACAGCUGUCCAGACUACAGAAUGAGAGAGGAGUCAAAUCAAAAUUAGACUUUGAUCAGAAUGGAGAGAGCAGGUUUAUGGCCUAUCAAAUUUACGAUCAGACUCCAGGACUCUUUCCUACGCUUAUUGUCAUUUUUUAA